AUGUAUGUGCAUGCUGACUGGUGGGACUCAUUCACAGAUACCGUCGCAGGUGGAUUGAACAGUGUUGCUUCAUGGGUGAGGGAGACGGCUAGUCCUGCUAUAAGAACGACUUUUAACGAUGCCAAAGAAAAGCUGCAAGACCCGGAGACUCAUCGGGUAAUCCAGGACUGGGUUUCGGAGAAAGCAGGAGAUGUGAAGGAAUUCGCAGAGAAGGAAGUGGUCCCAGAGUUGAAAAAGGUCUACGACGCGGCGAAGGCGGCAGCGACGAGUCGUUCUGUUGAUGUGCCUGAAGACUAG